GGCAACUCCUUCAAAGUUCUAAAAUUCUAAUUCGCAUUUUAUUUUUCUGUUCUCUUAAUCUUUUUAAGUCUUCAUCGUCUCCACCAAAAGUCCAGUAGAACAAGCGUUCUUGGUUGUGUUCUGGCUUCCCUUUGAGCACUCUGAAAAGGCAAAGAAUAAACAAAUUGAUCAUCUGUUGAAGCCCUAUCUUCACAUUCUCACUUUUUGCUUUCUUCACUGUGUAUUUAAUUAUUCUCAGAAUUCGACAAUCUUUGUUCUGAGAAUCCAAUACUCUGCACAAAGGCUUGGUGGGACAUCAUGAGGAAUUUCCUUCAUAUGUUUCAGCGCAAUCCGAAUGAGGUUGAGCUUGGAUGCCAACAUACUUUGAAGUCCCAUGGAACGACGGUUGCAAAGCAUCACAGACACGAUUGGCUCAUACUGCUUCUUCUUGUGGUUUUAGAUGUCAUACUUAAUGUCAUAAGCCCAUUUUAUCGGUUUGUUGGUAAGGACAUGAUGACUGAUCUUAAGUAUCCGUUCAAGGAUAACACAGUCCCAAUCUGGUCUGUUCCUCUAUAUGCAGGCGUGUUGCCAAUUAUCAUCUUCGUUCUCUUCUAUCUUCGAAGGAGAGAUGUCUAUGAUCUGCACCACAGCGUACUCGGGAUUCUGUUUGCCUUGCUAAUAACGGCUGUAAUCACUGAUUCAAUCAAGGAUGCUGUUGGCCGGCCUAGACCCGACUUUUUCUGGCGAUGUUUUCCAGAUGGGAAAGACGAAGGGAACUAUGAUGCACUGGGAGAUGUGAUCUGUCAUGGUAAAGCGAGUGAUAUAAAGGAAGGACAUAAGAGUUUCCCAAGUGGCCACACUUCAUGGUCAUUUGCGGGGCUAGGAUUUCUGUCGCUGUAUUUGGCGGGCAAAAUAAAAGCGUUUGACAGGAAAGGGCAUGUAGCAAAGCUAUGCCUCAUUUUUCUUCCGCUUCUCGUGGCAGCUCUUGUUGGCAUUUCUCGUGUCGAUGACUACUGGCAUCAUUGGACAGACGUGUUUACUGGUGGUAUCAUAGGUCUUGUGGUGUCAACAUUCUGCUAUCUGCAAUUCUUUCCUGCUCCAUAUCACACUGAAGGAUGGGGUCCAUAUGCUUACUUCCGAGCAACAGAAGAGCUCAACCGUGCCCCGCAACGAAUCAGCCCUGUUAAUGGAAUGUAUACAGAACAAUCCUCAGAGAUGCAAACUGGGAAUCGCCCAUCUAGGCUGAGUAGUAAUCGGAAUGAAGAUGUUGAGCUUGGUGGAAUCAGAAUGUGAAUAACCAACUUUGUUCAUUACUAGACUUGGCCUGUUCACCUAAUACAAUCACAAUUUUCUAUAAUAGUUUUAGUUUCUUAAUUCUGAUUUGGUUUGAAUCACCCUGAUUUAUCCUUCAAGUGUCUCUACUAUCCUAUUAGGCCGUGGUGUGGGCUCUUAGGUAAGAGAAUUUCACCUUUUGGGACAAAAUUUUCAAUUUUUUUUGUACUAUUUUUUUAGGCUAGUCAUGUGUUUUUAGGAACUUCCUUCCUAUCUUCU